UACUGGAGAUGGAAGAGCUUGUGCCUUUUCUUGAUAAACCCGAUGAUCCUAACAUGACAUUGUUAAUAGAAAACGCAGAUUUUGCAUGGGAUAAGGUCGAGUCGGAACACGAUAARCAAGACCAGGAUGCUGGUGACGAGAAUGAAAACACUGCUAAAGAUUCUUCUGCUGCAAAUGGCAAAGCCAAACAAAAACCACCUAAUUCUGGAGGUGGUCGGCCUGCAGKGGGUCGACCAGGUGGCGGUCGACCUGGCGGAGGUCGACCAGGUCCACCCAUGAAGAUGAAGACUGUCUUAGUCCCCACUUUAUAUGACAUCGAUCUUAAAGUUAAAAAGGGAAAAUUAAUAGGAAUUUGUGGCAGUGUUGGCAGUGGUAAAAGCUCUCUUCUUCAGUGCAUUCUAGCCCAGAUGCGUAAAACUCGUGGUCGAGUUGCUAUAGGAGGUUCUAUUGCUUACGUCGCUCAACAG